GAUAUCUCAUUGAUCGUGCAUGUACCGGUAUGUUCGCCAUAUCGAAAUAAUGCGCAUUUAUCGAGUCGAUGCUUUGUCUAUGCGUGCAUGUUUAGUUUAAGCUUAAUGCGGGUUUCGGACAACUUUGAUGUGCGUGGUGAUGGUGAUGGUAAUCCUAUGAUGGUGAUUAUUGGGCUUGGUUGAUCUGCUUGAUGGGCUUUAGAUCUCGGGUUUAAUGGAUGGAUGCAUUGUUAGUUUUUGAUACGAUCAUGAGGUUUUGGCAUGGGCGUGACGGGGGAAGACUAAUAGCUGCUGCUCUGUUGGGCAAGGUCGAUGUUGGGACUGCUUGAUAUCCCGUUGAUACUACUAGGUUGGUAUGAGGUAUGAUAUCAUAUGGUCUAUUCAAAAGGCCGAGAAUUCGAUGUUGCAUUUGAAGGAAGGGGGAAAAGUUCAAGGGAAAAGUGAUGAUUUGGUUUUGAUUUCAUACUUAUAUUUGUUCCUUUCUCUGAAACUUUCGUCUCUUCUUGCAUAUCAUUUUCAUAUAUAUACACAUCUCUGUUUAAAUAUACUUUGCUUCAUAUAUAUUUCAUUCUUCUCACGCCUUAUAUUAUCAAUAGUUUAAAAGUUUAUCUUUAGAAGUAUCUACUUAUUUGUUUUAUUACAAGCAAAUUGAUUUGCCACACUAGGUUUUAUUCAUUUAAUUAUCAUUUGUGCCGUCGAAAAUUUGAAAAGUAACGGUCAAGAUGAAGGAACUCUUUCGAGAUGCGACAGCUGGAAAGGCCCUGCGUCUAUUGUCAGGAAACAAGAUUUUGAAAUAUCCAGAGGAACGAAGUGUGUCAGCCGACACCGAGAAAGGAAAUGCAGAUAUCUGGCGGAAAUAUCUACAUACCCAGAAGACGCAGAACGUGAGGAAAUAUGGGAGUUGUGAUGAGCCUGAACAAGGACAAUCAUUGGAAUUUAAAGAUAGUGAUAGUCCAAGUCAAGAUGGAGAAUACACUAGACCCUCAAACGCAACGCAAAGUUCGGAUCGAACAAGAGUGGCGGACGACCAUGGUGUUAAUACGAAGAAUGGAGGCAUAGAUGUUCAAAUUAUUGAUUGGGAUCAAACUGAUGGAGUUUAUGAUUCAGAGGUAUGUUGUGUAGCUCUGUCUGUAGCAUUCAAGCAUACAGUCUAGGAUUUGCAUUACAAUGCUAACUGAGUAUUUGUAACAGAAUCCACAAAAUUGGUCGACAGGAAAAAAGUUCUUCGUUACUUUCCUCAUCUGUCUAUUAACUUUUGCCGUCUACAUUGGAUCAGCCAUCUAUUCCGCAGGUAUUUUAGAUGUAAUGAAAAAAUUCGGAGUCAGUCAAGUUGCUGCCACUGCUGGUCUCACCUUAUUCGUAGCCGGUUAUGGCAUAGGACCCAUGUUAUGGUCUCCCAUGAGUGAGAUACCUCAAAUUGGUCGAAAUCCCAUUUACAUUGGUACGCUUAUUGUAUUUGUGGUUUUACAAUUCGGUGUCAUAUAUGCGAGGAAUUUCGCCAUGAUGCUUAUAUUUCGAUUUUUGACUGGCUUUUUUGGUUCUCCUGUUUUGGCUACUGGAGGUGCUUCGUUGAGUGAUAUGUAUGCGCCAAAUAAGAGGGCUUAUGCUAUUGGAAUUUGGGGUAUGGCUGCUGUUUCGGGUCCAGUGGUAUGUUCUUCUCGAGCUUCUUUUUUUUAAUUCUUGAUCACUGAUAAGUUCAGUUGGGUCCCUUGGUUGGAGGAUUCGCUGCAGAGAAUAAAGGGUGGACUUGGACGAUUUGGGAAUUGACUUGGCUAUCAGGUGAGUUGAUUCAUUGUUUUCAAGACUUUGACAUAUAUUACUUUUACCUUUGAUACUGACAGCAUUUCUAUAGGAUUCGCACUGAUCGUUCUAAUUUUCUUAUUACCUGAAACUAGCUCCGCCAACAUAUUAUAUCGACGACGUCUCCGUCUCACAAAAGCAAGUGGUGUCCAGAAUUUAAAAUCCGAACCAGAAAUCGAAGUCGAUAAAAUGACGACGCAAGAUAAAAUAAACAUGGCUCUCAUUCGUCCCUUCUCACUUACUUUCACGGAACCAAUUCUUUUCUGUCUCAAUCUAUACAUCGCACUAAUCUAUGGUCUUCUAUAUGUCUGGUUUGAAUCAUUCGCCAUUGUUUUCGUCGAGAUUCACGGCUUUAGCCUGGGGAAAGAAGGAUUAGCUUUCUUGGGUAUAUUUGUCGGAUCUCUUGUGGUUAUCCCACCAUUCUUUUGGUACUUGAAGAAAUAUCAAGAACCGAAAUUUGAUAAAAAUGGUGAUAUUAAACCGGAGAUUAGAUUGCAACCAGCUUUUGUGGGAGCUUUUUGCAUUCCUAUCUGUUUGUUUUGGUUUGGAUGGACUAGCAAAGAGAGUAUUCACGUAUGUUUUGUCUUCUUUACUCUCACUUCUUCACCACAAACUAAAACUAAUAUUCACCCAGUGGAUUGUUCCCAUCAUCGGUUCAGCCUUCUUCUCCAUCGGUGCCUUUCUACUCUUCAAUUCAGUCCUAAACUACAUCGGUGACGCAUACCCCGUCUACGCAGCUUCAGCAUACGCGGGAAAUGACUUUAUGAGAUCAUGUUUUGGUGCUGGCUUUCCACUUUUUGCUAAUGCUAUGUUUAAAGAUUUGGGAGUUCCAUGGGCAAGUUCUACGUUGGCGUUUAUUAGUGUGGCGUUUAUUCCUAUUCCGUUUAUUUUGUAUAGGUGGGGUGAGGUUAUUAGACAUAAGAGUAAGAAGGCUAGACAUGAUAUUUAGAGGGGUUAGGUGCUGUUGUUGGCUUAUGUUGUGUUACGUUGGUGGAUUGUGAUGAGUGUAUGAUUUCUAUGAGUAUUGUAUUAAUGUUUAUUUGGAUAUGGGAUAUGGAAUGGGAAAAGGCACGGGGGAUGGUCAGCACAUGGGGAAACAUAGAUUCUGAUCCGGUAAAGGAUUGUAUGAUAACGACGAGACGAGACGUUUAACACAUCUAAAUUAACAAUA